GCAAUUGUCCUUUAGCCGCCAUAUUUGUCCUUGGUAUCGGUGAAUUUCAUAUAGACUAAACUAUGCUUUCCGCUCGUUUAUUGACCGCCAGGACCUCUACUUUGGUCAACAGCGUAAAAGGUACUUUUAAGAGAACAUUUUUAAGCACAUUUUAGUUUUGAUCAAUUAAUGACGAGGAAUCCAGUGCUGGAUAUUCGAGUAAAGUGUGGAAAGUCGUUUAGUUGGUUAUUGCCUUAAAUUAAAAUAAAGUGUAAAAAUUAAACAGACAACUUUUAAUUUUAAGUACAAGAAUUAUUCGCUCAUUAAUCUUUCAUUUAAAAUAACCUCAGCCAUAAAAGUUCGCAACAUGGGUGAUCACGUACCAGCUCACUGGAAAUCAGCUAAACAAGUUGCCGCUGAUACGUGCGCUACUAUGGAUCAUUUACCUAAAGCAACUAUCCCUUGGCAACAAUAUCAUGGAAAGAUGAACGCUAAAUGGAACAUCCAAUUGGCGGCUUCUACUCUCUUCUUCUGUGUAACCAUGUUUGCUAUGCAGAAGUCAGGAGUGUUCCUUUUCUUUGGCCCACCCGCCAUGAAGAACAAAUAA